AUGUACGUGGCCCUGAUCACUGGGUCGAGUUCGGGCAUCGGCGCGGCCACAGCCAUACUGUUUGCCAAAUCGGGAGCCAAUGUUGUGGUGACGGGACGUAACGCCGGGCGAGUGUCAGAAGUGGCCAAACAGUGUCUCGACGUAUCGCCCGAUGGCUUGAAAGCGCUGGAAGUGGUGGCAGACGUGACCAGUGAUGAGGAUCUUCAACGACUGGUGGACACAACUAUCACUACUUUUGGCAAAAUAGAUAUUGUGGUCAAUAACGCGGCCAUUGGCUCCCCGUUGAGCUUUGAAGAUAAGGGCUACGCCUCUGCGUUCUUAGAGUUCGUAACUAGUCAAUGA